AUGCCGCCAUUCCGUGCCGAACACAUGGGCUCGCUCCUGCGACCGCAGAAGCUGUUGGAUGUACGCGAGAUCAUCCGCGAGAAGGGCCUGAGCCCGGAGGAAGCCGGCCUUCCCACAGUCGAAUCCGAGGCGGUUGAGCACGUGGUUAAGCUUCAGCGAGACUUGGGAUUCAAGGCCGUUACCAGUGGCGAAUACAAUCGCACCCGUUUCUGGGGUCUUAUGUGGGACGAAUUUGAAGGCACUGUCCGGCUGCAGGAUGCCGAUGCCUCACUUUUCCGGCUAUACCACCCGGACGUGGUCAGUUUGGUUGAGAAGGACCGUAAGGUCAUGCCAGGAGAUUCCGUCAUUGCCGGCUCGAAGCUCCACCACAGCCCCGAGAAAUCGCAGGCCAACCUCCACGAGCUCCGCUUGGUGCAAAAGUAUGUGCCCGAGAGCGAGUGGAAGAACAUCAAACUCACCUUAAUCACUCCGGCCUGGUUCCAUAUGCGGUACAAGCAAGGGAGUGCCUACACCAAGGAGGCCUACGCCAACGACGCCGAGUAUUUCAAGGACGUUGCCAAGGUGUACCAGGCCGAGCUUGACCAGCUGUACAAAGCCGGUCUCCGCAACGUUCAAUUUGACGACCCUGGUUUGGCGUACUUUUGCUCCGACAAGUUCCGCCAGGGUUGGGCUGAGGACCCCGACAACAUUGGCACUGUGGACGACCUUCUUGAUGCCUACAUCGAGCUUUACAACGACAGCAUCAGCAAGGUGCCGGCCGAUUUCCACACCGGUGUGCACCUUUGCCGCGGCAACUUUAUCGGCGGCCGCUUUUUUGCAGAGGGUGGCUACGACGUGAUUGCGCAAAAGCUCUUUACCAAGCUCAAAGUCAACACCUUUUACCUAGAGUACGACACCGAGCGUGCCGGGGGCUUUGAACCCCUCAAGUUCCUCCCCAAGGACCGGAACGUCGUCAUCGGCGCGAUCUCCACCAAACUGCGUGAGCUCGAGGACAAGGAGGAGGUGAAGCGGCGUAUCUACCAAGCCGCUGACUUUGUGGCUGCGGGUAAUGGUGAAUCGCGCGAAGAGGCGCUCAAGCGCAUCGCCGUUAGCCCGCAAUGCGGGUUCAGCACCCACGAAACCGGUUACCCGUUGACGGAGGAGGAUGAAAAGAAAAAGCUAGCGCUCAUCAGGCAGAUUGCUGAUGAAAUCUGGGGCGAGCCGUAG